AUGAACAUUGGCUCCGGCACCUCGCCCCGAGAUACCCCGGACGCCCGCGGCGUGGCCUCCUCGGCCUACAUCGGCGGUUCUCAAGAUAUUCCACCCGAUAUGGCCCUACUACUCCAAAAACUCGAGGAAGACUUCACCGUCAACAAGUCCAUAGACCAAUGGACGUACAUCAAUCGCCGCGAGGAAAUCAUGCGCGAGGUGGCCCGUAUCCACCAGCAGCAACAGACAGACGUGGCUCUAGAUCCCGCCCAGCUUGAGAAGAUCUUGUUGCCUCGAAAAAGAACAGACAUCGCCACGCUUACGAAGCUGUCGCUAGUGUCGAUCAUGCGGGAGCGUGCAGAAAUGAAUGGGCCCGAGCCGAUUUUCACGGUGUUGGAUGCCAAGGGCAAGGUUAUACAGAGUCUUCUGUGGGAGAAGCUAUUCUUGAAGGCUGUCAAGGUGGCCCAUGAGCUUAAGCAUAGAGUCCAUUUCAAAACAAGCGACAUUGUAGUAUUACUUUAUAAAGAGCACGAGGUCUGCGACUUUGCCGUGGCGCUUUUCGCGUGCUACAUCGCCAACGUGACGGCGAUCCCGGUCCAUAACGACAUCUCAUUGAUUGAGAUGUUUGACAUUUUGCAGCUCACAAAUUCUCUGUUGGUGCUUUUGUCUGAGUCCGUCUCGCGUGAACUCGAGAAGCUCAGCACUGCAAGUCUGACGGUUCAGUGGCCCUCGAAGGUGACAAAGUUGCGUACUUCAGACUUGGGGUCGGCGCGGAACUCGGAGAUCGAUAACUUGUUCGGGAAAAAUAAGAAAAAGACUCCCGAGAGUAAAAACGACUUGGCGUACAUCGAGUUUUCUCGCUCUCCGGUUGGCGAGCUCAGAGGAAUUCCUCUCAGCCAUAGAACUAUUCUACAUCAAAUGAACUCUCUUGAUAUUUCAUUGCUGAGUUCUCCCGAGUCUGGUGGUAGUAUCAAGGACUUCGGUACCUCUAUUCGUAAGGCAAAGCGGGUCUUUUUGUCAACGAUGGACAUCAGAACGUCUAUAGGAUUGAUCAUGGGAAUCAUGUUCACAAUCUACUCUGGCAACAUGUUAGUCUGGGCACCUCCCAAAGUCAUGGAGGUCCAAGGACUCUAUGCAAAUAUUGUCACCAAAUGCAGAGCCAAUCUCUUGUUGGCCGAUUUCAUUGGGUUGAAGCGCGUGACCUACGAUUACCAACAAUCUCCAAAUGCAACUCGAUAUUUUUCCAAAGCUCAGCGAGUUGAUUUUUCUACGAUUAAGUGGGUUUUGAUUAAUGCGCUCACGGUAGACGGAGACUUCAUUGAGGUCCUUACCGAAAGAUUCUUGAAGCCACUAGGCUGUCAGCAAGCUCGAAAUGUCAUUGUACCGCUACUUACCCUAAGCGACUAUGGAGGCAUGGUUAUUUCUAUGAGAGAUUGGAUCGGAAAGGCUGAAAACAUGGGCAUUGAGCUUGAAGGAAAGCCAACAGAUGACAUCUCCUCAGUCAUGAUCGACAAGGAGGCUCUCACGCAAAAUCUUGUCCGCGUCAUUGAUUCGAACCCAUUUGAGCCGGAUGAGCAUGAUCAAGAGGCCUUGCGUGUUGAUGCAUUUGGUUAUCCACUUCCAGAUGCUGCGCUUGCAGUUGUCAACCCAGAACUGUCGACAGUCGCCAGAAAAGGUGAGCUUGGAGAGAUUUGGGUUGACAGUCCUUGCUUAUCUGGUGGGUUCUAUGGCCUCAAAAAAGAGUCGAAGCUGAUCUUCCAUGCAAAAUGCAGAAAUGCUGAUGGUUUGUUGGAGAUGGACUUUUUGCGUACAGGCUUGCUUGGUUUCACUUGGAACGGUAAAGUCUACGUUCUAGGACUUUACGAGGAUAGAAUUCGUCAAAGAUACAGCUGGAUUGACCAAAAAUUCAAGAAAAGUAAGAAGAAAAUCGCAUCAAAUGAAAGUGGAAUGCGCUAUCAUUAUUCAUCACAUCUAUUGGCAACACUUGCCACAGAGGUAAGACAGGUCUAUGACUGUACGAUCUUUGAUAUAUUUAUUGGUAACGAGUAUUUACCUGUUGCUAUUGUUGAGGCCGAAAUUGUCAGAAAACUAUUAGAUGACAUUGAACCAACAAAUUCAAAUGGAUUGAAGUCUAAGGACAAGUAUGAUUACACAGUUGCUCCAUUGAAUGAGCCGGUCCUCAAUGCAAUCGCAAAGAAGUGUUUUGACACGUUAAAUAGCCGUCAUCAGCUAAGGCUUUUCUGUGUCAUGGUUGUCGAUAUCGACGUUCUACCAAAGAUUAUGAGAAGUGGAGGCAUGGAGAUUGCUAACAUGCUAUGUAAAAAGCGUUUCUUGGAAGGAUCCUUGCAAUCUGAAUUUGUGAAAUUCUUUAUCAGACAAUCGAUAAGCAUGAUUCCUCAUGGUGAGGAUGUGAUUGGUGGAAUUUGGUCCCCCUUUGCUUCUGAGCUUCGAUCUUCUUCGUUGGUGGGAUUCCCUGAACAACGCUCGAUCUAUGAACCGAUGGACAAAAUGAAAGAUGACCGCACGGAGGCACUACUUUCCGACUUCAAGACCAUCAUUGACCUCCUCAAGUUUAGAGUUGCUACUAGUGGUGACUUGGUGGCCUUUCAAAAUAUUGAAGGUGGAGGAAAGGCAAGACCGUUAACUUGGAGAAAGUUUGAGAACCGUGUACAUGCUGUAUGUCAAUACUUCAUCGAUAAAACGAGCAUCAAGCCCGGCCAGUACAUUAUCUUGAUGUAUUCCCUUUCGGAAGAGUUCAUUAUUGCCUUAUUUGCUUGCUUUAUGUGUGGCUUUAUUCCUAUUCCAAUGCUUCCCUUUGAUACAAACAGAAUUGGUGAAGACUUUCCUGCAUUUGUUGGUAUCGUAAAAGACUUCGAUGUGAAGGAAGUUCUAGUUAAUGACGAUGUUGAGCGCUAUAUGAAAAUGGCACCUGUCUCAGAUUCAAUCAAGAGGAUGAAUCAACGUCGUCCCACACCUAUUCGAUUUAAAAACACCUCGAAAAUUACAAAGGUAUCUAAUGUGGCAUCCUUGAACUCAAAGCUAUCCAAGUAUCAAGCUGCCGCCAAUUUCCGUGAUGAAAAUACUGUGUGCUUGGUUUGGUUGAACUUCACGUCUGAUCACUACAGAGUUGCAGCUAAUUUGAGUCACAAGAACUUGAUGAACAUUUGUAAAAUAUUCAAAGUGACUUGCAAACUCUCUCACAAAUCAUCAGUUGUUGGAUGUGUGCGUCAUUCAGCAGGUAUUGGAUUUGUUCAGGCCGCACUUCUUGGAGUCUAUUUGGGAACAAGUACGUUCUUAUGCUCUCCGGUUGCAUUUGCUGAGAGUCCUUUGACAUUCUUCCAGUAUUUACAGAAAUACAGAGUCAAAGAUGUGUUCAUGACAGAACAAAUGUUGAAAUAUGCGGUCGCAAAGUUCACACCAAGAGGCCUCGAUCUCUCAUGUUUGCGCAAUAUGAUGAUAAGCACUGAGAACCGUGUCGAAGUUGAUCUUCUCAAGAAAAUCGCCAAAAUCUUUCAACCUGCCAGAAUCAGCGUCGCUCUGAUGUCCGCAGUAUACACUCAUUUCUUCAACCCUAUUAUCUCUACUCGUUCAUACAUGAAAGUUGCACCAGUCGAUUUAUUUUUGGACCCACUCGCAUUGAGGCAAGGAUACAUUUCCAUUGUCAAUCAAGCAGACUAUCCAAAUGCCCUUCGGGUUCAAGAUUCGGGAAUGAUACCUGUCUGUUCACAAAUUGCAAUUGUUAAUCCUGAAACAUGCAAGAUCUGUAAAGAAGGCGAAUUUGGAGAGAUAUGGGUGAGUUCUGAAGCAAAUCUAUUGUCGUUCACGAACGGACCCAAAGGACCCCAGGACUACUUCACUCAGAAACAAUUCAAAGGAAUUAUUGCAGACAAGGACCCCAACGUCACAUACUUGCGAACAGGAGAGCUUGGGUUCCUACAUAACAUUUCUAUUUCAAAGCUCACCAACAAUAAUGACGAACCAGACGUUGUCACGACAUUCCAGCCUUUGUUUGUACUUGGCAAGAUCUCCGACACUUUUGAGCUGUUGGGUUUACACCACUUUCCAAUGGACAUCGAAAGCACCAUUGAGUCUUGUCAUCCAGACAUUUUCAAGAAUGGAUCUUGUAUAUUUAAGUGUUCCGACUAUGUGAUAGUGGUGUGCGAGGCCAAACGAAACAAGAACCUUUCGUCUCUCGUACCGCUCAUUACCAAUACAGUAUUCAGCAAGCACCAUGUAUUUGUGGAUAUUGUUGCAUUUAUCAAAAAGGGCGAGUUCCCAAUCUCAAGACUUGGCACUAAGCAGCGUGCGAGAAUUGUUGAUGCUUGGGUGCAAGGUAUCAUUCCUCUAUCGGUUCAGUAUGGAAUUAAUUAUGGUGAAAACUCGAUGAUCAAGCUCAUCAAAGAAAUUGACGAGGUGGCACGAGACGAUCCGUUGGUUGGUCUCCGUAAUCCGGCUCAGUCGUACUAUGAUGCGUACAACGAAAACUACUUAGACGGCUGUGGCCUGCCGCUCAUGUUCAAUGCUAGUGAUCAGCCCUACCAAUUCUCACAAGCAGUGUUUGAAAUUGCCAGCACCCAUAGCGAUUACCCAUAA